AGGUAGCGCCCGUCGCCCGCCGUGCAGCUGCAGCCUGCCCCGGCGGGCGCGCGGGGCCACGGCGCACGCCCGCCGCCCCAGCCCCGCCGCUCCGCCGCCAGUGCCUUACGCGGUGCGCCGAGAGACACACGCGCCGCGCGCCCAUGUGCGCGCCCCGGUGACCGGACCCUGCCCAUGGCCUGCGCGCGCGGACCCUGCUCCGCCCACAACCUGUUCGUGGUCGUCAACAUCGCCUUCGCGAUGUACAGCGGCGCGCUGCUGGCCACGGCGGCGCGCCUGGCCUGGGACCCCAGCACCUACGCCUGGUUCCGCUUCCUGUGCGCCGCGCAGUACCGCGCGUCCGCCGCCUACGUGCUGGCGGCCGGCCUGUGGCUGGCGGCGCUCGUGGCGCUGGCGGCGGCGCGGCGUCUGCGCGCCUACGCCGUCGGCGUGCUGUGCCUGGCCGCCAGCGAGCUGGCGUUCGGCGCCUGGCUGGCGGCCUCGCUGGCCGAGUGGUGGGGCAGCGCGCCCGAGGCGGAGCUGGCGCGCCGCGGCCUCGACCUGGUGCAGGACCUCAAGCCGGCGCUGCUGGCCAUGGACAAGUACCGCGACGUGGCGCGCCCCAUCUACGACAUGAUCGAGGAGGUGGAGCGCGAGGCGCCCAACAACGCGCUGGUGGUGCUGGUGUUCGGCGCGCUGGCCGUGGUGCUGCAGGCGGCGGCGCUGGCGCUGGCGCGGCGGCUGGCGCGCGCGCGGCCCGCGGCCGGCGGCGCGGAGGCGGGCCGCGCGUGCGCGUGCGGCGGCAAGCGCGCGCCGUCCGACGACGACAGCGACAGCGAACGCGACGCGCCGCUCGCCGCCGGCUGGCGCGGGAAGGCCAACCUGCGCAUGUACACCAUCCUCGACAAGAUUUUCUAGCAGGAGGAGCCGGCGCCGGCCGAGCGCGCGCCGCGGCGGGCCGCCCCCCGGCGCGCGGCGCGGCGGC